UCCCUCUCUCUCUCUCUCUAAACACACCCUAGGUAGCUUUUGACUAGUCUGUAGAAAAUAGCAAGCUCAAUCAUACACAACUGUUCUUCGCCUUGCUCAUCGAAAUUAACAUCGAUCAAGCUCGCUAGUCAAGCUAGCAUCAGAUUUCUUGUUCCUGGCAGAGAUGGCAUCCUCGUCGACAACAAACACGUCAGAUGGCGCCAAAUCGUCAUCAUGUCCGAGAGGCCACUGGCGGCCUGGGGAGGACGAGAAGCUGAGGCAGCUUGUCGAAAAGUACGGGCCGCAGAACUGGAACUCCAUUGCUGAGAAGCUGGAGGGGAGAUCAGGCAAGAGCUGCCGGCUCCGGUGGUUCAACCAGCUGGACCCUCGGAUCAACAAGCGGCCGUUCACGGAGGAGGAGGAGGAGCGGCUGCUCAACGCCCACCGCGCCCACGGCAACAAGUGGGCGCUAAUCGCCCGCCUCUUCCCCGGCCGCACGGACAAUGCCGUCAAGAACCACUGGCACGUCGUCAUGGCGCGCCGCAGCCGCGAGCGCUCCAGGCUCCUUGCCAGGGCGACCGCAAGCUCCUCCUCCUCGCCGUCCUCUGCGUACCACUCCUUCGGCACCGGCUUGCCGGCGACGAGCUCGCUCUGCUUCGGCUUCUCCAAGCUAGGCGGCGGCGGUUUGUUCAGCUCGCCGGCGGCUGCUCCUCCCACGUCGCUGUUCAAGAGGUUUGGCACAGCUACUGGCAGCAAGGGCUUGCUGGGACCUAGUUACGAGGCGGCGAGGUACAGCUACAGCGGCAACAAGCAGCCGGCGCCGCCUGUCUCCAUCACCUUCUCCUCACCAAGAGAAGCGCUGGCCAUGGACAUCGGCCACCAUCAUGGCCGCCAUGAACACCGGCAGAAGGAUUACCAUGCCAGCGACGGCGAAGAGCCUCUGAAGAGGAAGGACGUGCCCUUCAUCGACUUCCUCGGCGUCGGUGUGUCCUCAUAAAUUAUGUUCUCGGGAAGACCAAUCGGCCGGUGAUCAAUCAAGUGUAUUGAUCGGUGUUGUUUCUUAGGGCGUCAUCACUAAUUAAAUUGCAUGCACUAGUUCAGAAGUAUGCAGGGCUAGAGCAGUAGAGCACCAUCGUUCAUGGUUAUUAGGGCAUAUUGUGAUCAUGUGCUGAUCGAUCAAUAAAAUAAGCAAGACAUGGUUAAUUCGUUCA